UUAAAAAGAGAGAAAGAGACGGAGGAGCGGUCAUUGUAUGAUUCCAGUAUUUUUAGAUAUCUUUAUAUAUGCUGGUAUCAGCAUAUACUGUCCAGACUUUUUCCACGUCCAUCAGUUUGACUGGUUGAUGCUCUUUUUUUUUUUCCCUCCUUUACGUUUUAAAGUUACAGAAACAAGUGGGGUAACUUUGAAAAAAGAAAAGAGAAGAGAAGAGGACUGAUCUGUGCGAUCUCUAUGUAGAGGUGCCCAGUUUGGGUUGUUUUUACUUUCCUUAUAUAUCUGGACUGUCUUCACCAUGGCGGGCAGGUGGAAGCUCCUGAUACUGGCUCUGUACCUCUGCCUCAUCAUGGGUCAGUCUGACCUGUUGAAACCAGACUGCCCUAAUGGAUUUGAUGGUGUGGAGAAAACAUGCACGGAUAUUGAUGAAUGUGAAGUUGAUGUGGAGUAUCCUGACGAGGUCGGGCCAUGUGGAGAGGACACGACCUGUCACAACACGAUCGGCAGCUUCUACUGCCAAUGUGAUGAUGGCUUCUCACCAUCAACAGGCCCUUUGAAUUUUUCCGCUGGAACAUCAGCAACAUGUAAAGACAUCAAUGAGUGCUUGGAAGACAAAGACAUCUGUGGACUUAAUGCCAAAUGUUUCAACGCAAUUCCACAUUAUUCCUGCAUUUGUGAUAAUGGAUUCAUUUCCACUACUGGAAUGGAACGCUUUGUCCACGGUGACAACGUUACAUGCAAAGAUAUUGAUGAAUGUCAAGAGGAAGAUGUUUGUGGACAAACUGCAGCAUGCGUGAACACACCAGGCAGUUUUCACUGUGUCUGUAACGCUGGCUUUGGACUAAAAUCUGGCAGAUCUAACUUCUCUGGCAGUCAGGAGCAAUGUGAAGACAUAUGUAUGAUCGAUAGGACAAUCUGCGGAAAUGGAACCUGCCACCGUGGAGCCAGCGGCCAUUACUGCGCAUGCCACGCAGGGUUCACUAACUAUGGCAACAAAGGGUCUCGCUGCACGGCGUUAAACUGUGAUGUAUUCAAAGUUAUGAACAAUCUGCAAGAGAAGUUUCCUGUUGCCCAUGAUCUCAUGAUGCAGUUGGAGAAAAGCUGUCUGAACCUUACAGAAAGUGAGAAUCCGACAGAGCUGGAUGGAGAGGACAUACUGAAGAGACUGUCGUCUGUCAUCGACAAGCUCUUGUCCGGUGGAGCUUUCAAUGAUAACAGGAAAGUCUCCACCUUUCUGAACAUGGUGGAGAACACUCUGAAGCUCAUAGCAGCUUUCAUUAAGCCCCCCGGUACAAAAAGAUCCUCCACUCACACAGAGCUGGAGCUGCUGGUAGAGAAAGGGGAAGACUUACCCAAGGGAGCUGUGACUUUAUCAUCGAAGCAAGCUCGGCUGGACAUCCAGUUGGAGACCGCUGCUGGAGAUCCUUCCUAUUACCCUGGCUUUACAACAGUGUCCUUGCUGAGCUAUGCAAACCUGGAGGACUCUGCCGAUGGCUUCUUCACUGGGAUGAAACCACAAGCGAACCAAAGCUUUGAGCUCAACUCUAAAGUCGUGACUGUCUCUGUCAGUAACAGAAACACAAGCCACCUCAAAGAGCCAGUCAGAUUGACUUUCUACCACCUCAAACAGACAGAUAAAAACAACCACACCUGUGUGUUCUGGGACGCCUCGGAGGAAGGAGGGUCCUGGUCUCCUCGUGGCUGCACAGUGGUUGAGGCCAAGCCUAAAUACACUGUGUGUUCCUGCAACCAUCUGAGCAGCUUUGCUGUGCUCAUGGAGCUCUAUGACAUAGAGGAGCAGUUUGAACUGCAGCUGAUCACAUGGGUGGGUCUGUCCCUUUCCCUAAUUUGCCUGUUCAUCUGCAUCCUGACGUUCUCGUUGAUCCGAUCCAUCAAAAGCCCAAGAACCACCAUCCACCUGCACCUCUGCAUCUGCCUCUUCAUUGCCACCGUUAUCUUCCUCGCAGGCAUCUCUCGUACGGAGAGCCGGGUUGGCUGUGCAGUGGUAGCAGGGCUGCUACAUUUCUUCUAUCUGGCAGCAUUUUGCUGGAUGUGUCUGGAGGGCAUACAGCUCUUCAGGAUGGUAGUCCUGGUCUUUAACACCAACUUCAAAACCCUCUACAUGCUGGCAGGUGGCUAUGGAGUCCCAGCUGUUAUUGUCGGUAUCUCUGCCUUAGCUAACGCCGAGGGAUAUGGCACCAAGAAACAUUGUUGGUUGAACCUGGAAUUCAUUUGGGGUUUCUUUGGCCCUGCCUGCAUCAUCAUCGUUGUAAACAUUGUCUUCUUUCUCAUCACUGUGUGGAAGUUGGCACAGAAGUUCUCAAGUUUAAACCCUGACUUUGACAAUCUGCAGAAAAUAAAGGCGUUCACCAUUACUGCAGUGGCUCAGCUGACUUUGUUGGGCACCAUGUGGAUCUUUGGUUGUUUCCAGUUUGAGGAGGGGACAAUAGUCAUGUCUUACCUGUUCACUAUCUUUGGCAGCUUUCAGGGGGUUAUGAUUUUUGUCAUGCACUGCCUGUUUUCCAAACAGGUGAGGGAAGAAUAUGGACACAUCCUGUCCAGAUGCUGUGCUCCUUGGAAGAAGAGUUACUCAAACAUCAGCUACUCGCACACCAGCAAAGCUCAUGCAUCAAAGAGCACCCAGGACACGGGAGAGUCUCGCAUCUGAGCCGCUACAAAGUGACGCAGGAGCAAAUUCUGAUCUAUUUCCUGAAGACAUGCAGCCAACUACUACCCUGCCAUUUGGGGUCAAUGCACCGGUUUGCUUCACUGCAAAAUGUUGUAAAUAGUAUCCUUCUUUACAUUCUCUUUACCUUUUUUGUUAUUGAGUUGGUCUUUGUAUUUGUAGCUAUUUAAAAUGGAACAGUUGAUUGUAUACAAAUUAGGGAUUUCCUUCAAAAUGAGAAAGGACAUUCGACAGUUGUUAAGCUAACCCUUGAGUAAAGCACAUAGUGUGCUUUACUUUCAUGCCAAUAUUUGUUUUAUAUUUAAUUAAUAUUUUGUUGAAAAAAAAGUCAGUUUUUUCCAUAAAAAUGGUGAUAGAUAAUGUUUUGAAGACCUGUUGUAUCAGGUACAUGUAAUAUGGCUUUUCGUGUCAUCCAGGUACUAAAUUAAACCCGCAAAGACAAUCUGACAGAUAUUUCUGAGACAAGCACUUUUUUUCUGUAGAACUUGUAUUUAAAUCGAUAUUAUCUUAAUAUGACCAAUAAAAAGGACAAAUAUGUGACAGAAAUAGAUCUUUUUUUAAAGUAGAGUAUAUUUGUGUAUAUAUUGCCGGGCGAUUCAGUAUGUAAUACAGUAAGUGACUGCUUUCCUGCGCCAAUCAACAUGCUGUAACAAGUUAAAUGUAUUCUAUCAAAGUUGUUUUUUAUUUACCCAGUUUCAAAACUUGAAUGUUUAAAGAUGACUUUUGUUAUUAUUGUCUAUAAGAAUACUAGUACUGUUGUAAGCACUGGCUUUAGCUCAAUUUUGAACUUUCUGUUUGAUGUUUGGUCAAAAUAAGAAUCUUAGCUUCCGAAUUUCCUAUUUACAUUUCCUGUCGUUCGCGAUCUUAAUUAUUUGAAUGUGUUUUCAUACUUUUCAUGCAUCUCCUGGCAGCUUUAAAUUGAAUAAAUGCGUUGAUGAUUUAA